GCAAAGUAUGGAAAGGAUCAUAUACAAGAACAAGAAAACACCAUCGUCUUUCGAGUUUUCGUGCUUUCACUCUUCGUUUCUUGUUGUUACUAUUUAUUCACCUGCACAAUUACACUGUUAAUACAUUUCUGUAUUUUCCUAAACCACGCCCCCAUUUUAUUGAUAUUAUAGAUUACGACUAUCACUGUUCCACGUAAUCUCUGUUCUUCCUAAGUCCCAUUAUCAGGCCUGACUAGUGUAACAACAGUGCCUGGCUUCUUUUAGUUUAUCCUGCAAAAGCAAAGCCAUUGUCCUUUUCUUCGGUCAAACUAAUUUGUUUCCUUCUCACAAGAGUUCUGUACACGUUAUUGUCUUUUUCUUGCCAGAUUCUCAUUCUACUACCUCUUUCCUAAACUCUACUCUCUUCUCUCCUUAACCAAACUCCUCCCAAUAGCUUCCCCCGCACCUUAUCGCAUUAUAUAACAACAAACUAAUACCACGUUAAAUUAAAAUAUCUGUAUAUUAGAAAAUUAGAACCUGUACCUGUACUUAAACUGUACAUUGUUCUGUUUUCAGUCAUCAUGAACGGUGCUCCAAAGCACGAACGCCGCUGGGCGUCUGAUACGGUGCCGGAUGUUGCAUUCGUCAGCGGAGGGACGUCGCCGGGAACCGAGUCAUACUCCGUCGCCGACGAGUACGUCGAGGUCACUCUCGACGUUCAAGACGAUCACACCAUCGUUCUCCGCGGCGUUGAGUCGGUGACUGUCGUUAACGUCGACGAAGACUGUGCCGCGAGCGGAAAUGAAACUCCGGUGUCUUCUGCCUGGUCUCCGUCGAUCAGGAGGAGCUCUCCCAGCCGGUGGAGGCAGUUCUCGCAGGAGCUUAAGACCGAGGCGGUUGCGAAGGCGAGGCAGUUCUCGCAGGAGCUCAAGGCGGAACUGCGGCGGUUUUCGUGGAGUCAGGGAGGAUCUGAAACGGCGCAGUUCUCGCAGGAGCUCAAGGCGGAACUGCGGCGGUUUUCGUGGAGUCAGGGAGGAUCUGAAACGGCGUUCUUGCCGCGAGAUCUUAGGAAGCAGCGCGCUCAAAUUGAGCGCAACAGCUCCGGUACGAAGAAAGCACUCCGUGGACUGAAAUUCAUUAGCAGUAAAUCCAACGGCGCUGAUGCCUGGAACGAGGUGCAAAGCAAUUUUGAUAGUCUUGCUAAAGACGGUUUUCUCUACCGCACCGAUUUUGCGCAAUGCAUAGGAAUGAAGGACUCUAAGGAGUUCGCACUGGAACUGUUCGAUGCUCUGGGUCGUAGACGAAGACUCAGGGUUGAAAAGAUCAGCAGAGACGAACUUAGCGAAUUCUGGUCGCAAAUUACCGAUCAAAGCUUUGAUUCACGGCUCCAGAUUUUCUUUGAUAUGGUGGACAAGAACGAAGAUGGUAGAAUAACCGAAGAAGAAGUGAAAGAGAUCAUUAUGCUAAGCGCUUCAGCAAAUAAGUUAUCCAGAUUGAAAGAGCAAGCCGAAGAAUACGCAGCUCUGAUCAUGGAAGAGUUAGACCCUGAAAGACUUGGGUACAUUGAGCUAUGGCAAUUGGAGACGCUUCUGUUACAAAAGGAUACGUAUCUGAACUACAGCCAAGCACUAAGCUACACCAGUCAAGCUUUGAGUCAGAACCUACAAGGAAGGGCAAGAAGCCCGAUACAUAGGAUGAGCCGCAGGAUGAUCUACUAUUUGCAAGAAAAUUGGAAGAGGCUUUGGGUUUUAGCAUUGUGGGUUUCAGUGAUGAUUGGGCUGUUUACGUGGAAGUUCAUCGAGUACAAGCGAAAAAAUGCUUAUCAUGUCAUGGGUUACUGUCUCCUCGCGGCCAAAGGUGCUGCUGAAACACUCAAGUUCAACAUGGCACUAAUACUCUUUCCCAUCUGCAGAAAUACCAUAACAUGGCUCAGGUCCACCAAGUUGGCUUAUAUUGCACCUUUCGAUGAUAACAUUAACUUUCAUAAGACAAUUGCUGCUGCAGUAGUGAUUGGAGUGAUACUUCAUGCCGGGAAUCACCUUGCUUGUGAUUUUCCGAGACUUGUAAAUUCGUCUGAAAAAAUGUAUGAGAAGUAUUUGGACGGCGUAUUUGGUGAUCACAAACCCAGUUACGGAGACCUCAUUAAGGGGGUUGAGGGCAUGACUGGAAUUCUCAUGGUGAUUUUGAUGGCAAUAGCAUUUACUCUUGCAACAAAAUGGUUCAGAAGAAAUCUUAUUAAGCUUCCUAAACCGCUUAAUAGGCUCACUGGUUUCAAUGCGUUCUGGUAUUCACACCAUCUAUUUGUCAUUGUCUAUGUCCUUCUCAUCAUUCAUGGUGUAAAUCUUUACCUCGAGCGCAAAUGGCACCUCCAGACGACAUGGAUGUAUCUUGCAGUUCCAAUCGUUCUUUAUGUGGGAGAAAGAACGCUAAGAUACUUCCGUUCUGGUUUCUAUACAGUCCGUCUUAUAAAGGUUGCUAUUUAUACUGGAAAUGUUCUGACAUUGCAAAUGUCGAAGCCGCCUCAAUUUCGUUACAAGAGUGGACAAUACAUGUUUGUACAAUGUCCUGCUGUUUCUCCAUUCGAGUGGCAUCCGUUUUCUAUUACCUCUGCUCCUGGCGAUGACUACCUGAGUGUUCACAUACGGCAACUGGGAGAUUGGACACAGGAGCUCAAAAGGGUAUUUUCUGCGGCCUGUGAGCCUCCCGUAGCUGGAAAGAGCGGCCUUCUCAGGGCUGAUGAAACCACCAAGAAAUGCUUACCAAAGCUAAGGAUAGAUGGACCUUACGGUGCGCCAGCACAAGACUACAGAAACUAUGAUGUCCUACUACUUGUCGGUCUCGGGAUUGGAGCAACACCUUUUAUUAGCAUUCUAAAAGAUCUUCUCAACAAUAUUGUCAAAAUGGAGGAGCUGGCGGACUCGGUCUCUGAUUCCAGUAGAGGUUCAGACCUUAGCACUGGGACUGCAGAUUCGCUGUCUUCUAAUAAGAUUUCUCCGAAACGGAAGAAGACACUUAAGACUACCAAUUCUUAUUUCUACUGGGUAACAAGGGAACAAGGUUCUUUCGAUUGGUUUAAAGGGGUCAUGAAUGAAGUUGCUGAACUUGAUCAAAGGGGUGUUAUUGAGAUGCACAACUACUUAACUAGCGUAUACGAGGAAGGCGAUGCCAGGUCCGCCCUCAUUACUAUGGUGCAAGCCCUCAACCAUGCAAAAAAUGGAGUUGAUAUUGUUUCUGGGACUAGGGUGAGAACUCAUUUUGCUAGGCCAAACUGGAAGAAGGUUUUCUCUAAAAUAUGUUCCAAGCACUGCAAUGGAAGAAUAGGGGUAUUCUAUUGUGGCGCACCAGUUUUGGCCAAAGAAUUAAGCAGACUCUGCUUCGAGUUCAACGAAAAAGGUCAAACAAAAUUUGAGUUCCAUAAGGAGCAUUUCUAAGGAAGUUUGGACGUAUCUUCGUAACUGUAACCAGUCAGCACAAGUGAAUUGCAACUUAAACCUUCGUUUUAGCAACUUGUCGUGGCCAGAUUAUAAGAUUUAUUCAAUAAGCUAAAAACUUAAGCAGAGAAUAUGAUGAGGCAUUGUAUAUACCGGCCAACAAAAUGGCUGGACAUUUCAUCAUACAUGUGGUGGCUGCGCAAAGGAGAUAUUGCCCGUGCAAGACCUCGGCAACACUUAAGUUCUGACAGAUCCCCUCAUUCAUUCUGGCGUAUUGCAUAGACUAUUCCAUAUACACCGCAUAGAAAAAUAUACAACAGUUUUGAAAGUGAUAAAAGGAAUUAGGUAGUUUUCCGGUUAAGGAGCAAGACACAUAGGUCCAACAGGGUGUGUGGACAAUUUAUUUUUGACAAAAUCAUAAUCGUUAUGUAAUAUUUUUAAAAAUUAUAUUUGAAAACGAUUAUUUAUCAAAAAUCAAAUGACAACAUACUUAUACAGAAUUCUCCUUUUCUUCAAGUGAAUUCAAUUAUCUUUCUAGAAUAUGGAGGUUAAAGCGAUGUUUGAAGCCUGCUGCUUCUGCUGGGAUUUCUCAUUCAGAAGAAAUAU